AUCAACUCCAUUAGUUGCUGCCUCCAUUCUUGGCCAAAUGACUGCUAUAUAUAAGCAAUUAUACUAUCAGCUUAUGUUCUUAGUCAUCUAUGCAUCAUCCUAUAUAGAAUUCUUGUGUUUCUCUCCCAUAUAUUAUAAGCAAAAUUUUCAGUUCAAGAUUUUAAUUAUUUUUGAAAAUAUCAUUCACAAUUCCAAUGGAACUUCCACAGAGCUGAAACAAAUAAAUGUCUGGAUUAAGGCAGUUCUAUUUUUCAAAGACUGUUUGAAGCCGCCGAUCAAUAUACAGAAAUUCCAAGAAAUAAUGAAGAUCGGUUUUGUUUGCUCAAAAUGCUUCUCUUCUUCACAAGGAAUCAAUAUCAGUGACAAUAGCUUUUCUGGUGAAGCGAUUCUUCUGGAUGUGCAUGCAUUCUCUUACAAUGAAUUGAAAGCUGCCACCAACAACUUCAGCUCCUCCAAUAAGAUUGGCGAAGGCGGUUUUGGCUCGGUUUAUAAAGGAAAGCUACGAGAUGGAAGCAAUGUUGCAGUGAAAGUUCUUUCAAUACAAUCAACACAAGGAGACAAGGAGUUCAUGUCUGAGAUAGCAUCAUUGACCAAUAUCACCCACCAUAAUCUUCUUAGACUAUAUGGUGGUUGCAUUAAUGGCCCUUCUAGGAUUCUUGUUUAUGAGUACAUGGAAAACAACAGCCUCUCUUACAUUUUGCUUGGUGGUGAGAAAAUCAAAUCCAAAUUUAAUUGGGACGUACGGCGACAAAUUUGUUUAGGAAUUGCUUGUGGCCUAUCCUAUAUUCAUGAAGAUGUGAAGCCACACAUUGUUCAUCGAGAUAUAAAACCCAGCAACAUAGUUCUGGAUAAGGAUUUCAAUCCCAAAAUUUCAGAUUUUGGCCUGUCUAAGUUAUUUCCCGAAGAUAUUACUCAUGUCACUACUCGGGUGGCUGGGACACUUGGCUAUCUUGCUCCUGAAUAUGCAAUAAGUGGGCGUCUAACCAGAAAAUCAGACGUAUAUAGUUUUGGAGUUUUACUUUUGGAGAUAGUGAGUGGGAAAUCAGCCAUUGAUUUUCACCUGGAACUUGGAGAAUUCUUCCUCGUCGAGAAGGCAUGGGAAAUGUACAAAGAAGAUAAGCUAGUGCAUCUAGUGGACUCAAAGCUCCAACUGAAGAACUUAGAAGAAGCAGUGAGAUUUCUGAAAAUUGGUCUCCUUUGUGUGCAAGAGAAAUGCAGUCUUCGUCCUCAUAUGUCAAUGGCUUAUAGAAUGCUUAGCAACGAGAUCAACAUCGACUGCAUCACAGUCAAUCAGCCUGCUCUCCUAACAAAUAUCAUGGACGUCAAAAUUGCCAGAAGAGGAAGCUCUUCCCAUCACCACCAUCAUUCCAAACCCAGUGAAACACGAUUUUUAAGUUUUACAUAAGACAGAUUAUUAUUAUUGUUAUUAUUAUUAUUAUUACUAUAAUAUAUUAUUAUUAUUUCGUUUUAAUUAGGAUGUCAUGGCCUUUUCCAGUUCUUAGUAAUUAAUUCUGAUUAUUUUUUAUUUACUUCGUAUAAUGAUCAUUUUCAAAAAUUUUCAUAAAUUAUCUUAACACAAAAUGAAAAAUUUCAUUUAAGUAGUUGGGAUAAAGUUAAAAUAUAAAAAGUUGGAUAAUUUUAUUUCUUCUUUAUCGAGCUACAUACCUUUGAUAAUGGAUACCAUGUUCUAAUUAACUAAUAUGUAUGAUUAAAAGCUUGUCUUUUUAGGUGGUUGAGAAAACUUGAAAAGACAUGUCUGGUAAAACAAAUACAUAUACAUAGUAACUAAGACUUUGAUCAGGACAUUUGAAAAUUCCAAUACAAACAAAUUGAAGAAAAAUUUGUUAGCAAUCUUUUUUAAGCGUUUUAGGGAAAUAAAAAAUACUGAACAUUUUUUACAGAUCUAGAAACCUGCAAUGUAGCGGCAUCGAUUUAUCUUAAAUAAACACUUAUUUUUACAUCAAAUAAAUAUUUUUCCAGUUUUCUGGCUAUAUGGGAUUAUAUAAUAUAACAUAUUUUAAAAAUAGAAAGCUGGGACUAUGAACAUUUUAAUUUUUUUAUUUUACAAACCUAGGACUAUGAAGUAAAGACCAAUUAAUUUCCAAAUAAAAUCUAUCAAUUAAUUUCCAACUAAAAUCUAUUUUUUAUUCUUAUAUAUAACUUUGGAUCUCUAUUAAAUAAUAUAAUUACAUAUUUUAGAUUAUGGGAAAAAAAAAAAAAAACACAGAAUGUAUUAUUGUGGCAACUGGAGAUCGAACUAGUAAUACCCAGAUGGAAGAUAAUAAAAAAGAAAACAAAAAUUACAACUUUUGAUUUAAGUUUUUCAGGCUUUGGGUGACCCAAUUAGACAAUUUGUUGCUGGGAACUGGGAAGGAAGACUUCACAGAACUAAACUGACAGAGAGGAGGACAUUCCCCAAAAAAAAACAUAUAUCAGUUCCCUAGUUAAUUUCAGGCAAAUAAAAAUAAAAAAUAAAAAAAUAAAAAUAAAGAUAGAAUCUACUUUUUUUUUUUUUAGGCUUUUGAGAGUACAUUCUGAAUAGAGCAUGACACACAAUAAGGAAGUGGGUUGUAGUGUCCCCAGUAGGUAAGGUACUACUCCAGGCAUCUCCUUUUCUUUUUUUUUUUUUUUUUUUUUCAAUAUAUAUAUAUAUAUAUAUAUAUAUUUUUUUUUUUUUUUAUAUAAAAUCAAUAAGAAUGUUUUAUAGACAAUAAUUAAUUAGAACUAUUUAAAAUUAAUUCAUAAAAAAAUCCCAAAAAUUGAUUUCCCAGGAGAUCUCAAAGUGGUCCACUCUUGUUGCCCUGAGCAGUUGUCCUUUUUGACCUGUUUUGACCGUAUACUAUAUUCCCUGCCAUCCAAUUAAAUUAGGAGAGAGAGAGUGAGUGGUCCCACUGUUUGUGUGAGAUUCCCUAGUAGCCAUAAUCAUAAUCCUCUCUGCUGGCAUUACACUUUUGCUUUUCCCAGAAUCCAUAUUUUUCUUUGCUCAAGCCCUGGCCAGAGGUUCUUGUUUUUGCUUUUCUUUCAAAUGUAUAUAUAUAUAUUAUCUGUAUAUCUAUAUAUCUAUAUCUAUAGCUGUACAUAUAGAGAGAGAUAGAGAGACCACUUUGAUAUUUUAUCCACCCCAUUGAUACUAUGCUGAUAAGCUAAGCAUCUAAAUAAAGUGCUCCAUUAUAUAAAUGUUAUAUUUUCCAGCCAAAAGAAUAUUAUAUAAAUAUUGUAUGUGUAUAUGUGUGUGGAUAUAUAUAUAUAUAUAUCUCGGCAGAUGUGGUUUCUCACCCCAUAAAGCUAUAUGAAAGACAAGGAAUAUGAUCAAAUGUCUACUGGUCUAGGAAGACAGCUUGUUGAUAUGACAAACCUCCCUUUUCUAUUUAUAUCUUUUUCUUUUUUCCUGUUGCUUUUCUUUUGAAACAAACAGUCAAUCACAUAAAAUGGGAUUGGUGCAAAGUGCAAACAAUGUAAAAUAACCUUACCGUCCCACCGAAAGCUAUACAACAUUGAUAUAUAAACAACCUCUAUCUCUACUCUGGCCUUUCUUUUUUUUUUUUUUUUCCUCCUUCAUACCUACUUUUUCAAAAGUUUUGCUUUUGACUCAUUAUACCAAUAGCUAUGAUUACUCUAUGUUUUAAGCAAAGAAAAACUUUAAAAAUAAUUAGGAUUUGAUGAAAUUAAAGGAGUCAAUAUGAAACAUUCUACCUUCUGGGACAAGUCAAAAAAUUACAACAAGAAAAUUAAUAUUAUAUGCUAUAAUUUGUAUUUUGUUUUCCUUAAGGUUAAUUAAUUAAUAUAGGGCAACAAAGAUAUCGCAAUGCACAUGAAGUUUAGGGAAAUUUUCUAAAAAAAAGUAUAAAAGUUUAAGUAAAUAAUUAACUUAUAUUAUCAACCCAAAAUUAGUUACCAAAAUCCUAAUCAAAUCUUGAUUAUAUAUAAAUACGAACUUAUUAUCAUUCAAUGACAAUCCCUCCAAGUUUACCUAAAUUGUAUAUAUAUAUAUAUAUAUUAAUAAAAAAUUAAUGACAAUCCCUUAAAUAUAAAAUCCUUAUUAUCAUUCAAUGACAAUCCCUCCAAGUUUACCUAAGUUAUAUAUAUAUAUAUAUAUAUAUAUAUA